UGGUAUAAAUGUAGCUUUUUUAUAUAUAAAUAUAUAUCAUCUGUGGAAGGCGUAGGACCCUUAAAUGUUCAUCAAAUCUUUAUAUUGGGUCUGAAUGAAAUAAUACGAUGUCCUACCUGCCUGUCAACGUAUGUUUUUACAUACCCUCGCGCACCCUGUUCGCGCAGACGUCAUACGUCAUCAGCGCGUUUCACGCUAUGCAAAGUUUAUACAAGACCUCAGUCACGGAGCGCCGCAAACAAUCAGGAGCCACCUUUUACAGUUCCUACCGAAUCAAAACAACGAGUUUAUGCUGAGUUCACACCAUAACUACCGUAAUUAAGCGAUGGCAACCACGUGACGUUCUAACCGGAGCUGUUCACGUCCUCAUACUCGGAAUGCGUUUCCAUGUCAACCGUAUCAACACCGAAACGAAUCUGCAGCAGUCAGAGGCGUGAGUUUCUGCCAGGAGCACGAGUCAGAAUAGACACUCUCUCUGCAGAGUUUCAACGGGACACAGCAGCCGUAGGAGCCUUCACUAACCCAAACUCUCUCUCAGCUUUACCAGUUUCAAGCUAGCAGUAGUAGUUUCAGUCUGCUAUGGAGACUCCAGGUCAGAAACGAAGCAGCCGCGGAGGGGCGACCACCGUCCUGUCCCCCACCCGCAUCACUCGGCUGCAGGAGAAAGAUGACCUGUGCAACCUGAACGACCGUCUGGCGGUCUACAUCGAUAAGGUGCGCUCUCUGGAGAUGGAGAACGCAGGUCUGCGUAUGCGCAUCACCGAGUCGGAGACGGAGAUCAGUCGGGAGCUGAGCGGCAUGAAAGCGGCGUACGAGGCAGAGCUGGCAGAUGCCAGGAAGACUCUGGACUCGGUGGCCAAAGAACGAGCCCGACUGCAAUUGGAGCUCAGCAAGGUGCGCGAGGACUACAAGGAGUUGAAGGCCAGGAAUGGUAAGAAAGAGGCGGAUCUGGAAUCGGCUCUGGCCAGGCUGAAGGAUCUGGAAGCUCUGCUGAACUCCAAGGACGCAUCUCUCUCCACAGCACUGGGGGAGAAGAGAUCACUGGAGGUUGAAGUCAGAGACCUGAAAGCCCAGCUGGCCAAGUUGGAUGGCAGUCUGAGCGAUGCUAAGAAGCAGCUACAGGAUGAAAUGCUAAGACGUGUGGAUGCUGAGAACCGAAUCCAGACCCUGAAAGAGGAGCUGGAAUUCCAGAAGAACAUCUACUCUGAGGAGCUCCGUGAGUCUAAGCGGAGGUAUGAGUCACGUGUGGUGGAAAUCGAUAGCGGCCGGCAGCAGGAUUUUGAGAGUAAACUGUCUGAGGCUUUGACUGAACUUCGUAGACAACACGAAGAGCAGCUUCGCAUCUACAAGGAUGAAAUUGAGAAAACCUAUAACUCCAAGCUGGAGAAUGCUCGUCAGUCGGCUGAAAGGAACAGUCAUUUGGUGGGAGCCGCCCAUGAGGAACUGCAGCAGACACGUAUGAGGAUAGAGGGCGUGACAUCUCAGCUCUCUCAACUGCAGAAACAGUUGGCUGCUCGUGAGGCGAAGAUUCGUGAGCUGGAGGAGUCUCUAUCCAGAGAGAGGGACAUCAUGCGGCGUCGUCUGGAGGAGAAGGAGAAAGAGAUGGCCGAAAUGAGACAUCGCAUGCAGCAACAGUUGGAUGAGUACCAGGAGCUGCUGGACAUUAAACUCGCACUCGACAUGGAGAUCAGCGCCUACCGGAAACUUCUGGAGGGCGAGGAGGAGAGGCUGCGCCUCUCCCCGAGUCCCCCUCCUGUCCGUGGGGUGACUGUGACCACCCGCUCCUCUGGUUCUGGUUCUGGCUCUCAUACACGUGUGGUCCAAAGCAGCACCAGUCGCACCUCUUCCGGCAGCGCUAAAAAACGGCGUUUGAACGAUAAUGACAGCGAUGCAUCCAGCGUAGUCGGUGGAACUGUCACUCGCACACGCGUGUCCCAGCAGGCCUCUGCUAGUGGCCGCGUGACUGUGGAUGAAGUUGACAUGGAGGGCAAAUAUGUACGGCUCUGUAACAAGUCCGACCAGGAUCAAACUCUGGGUCACUGGCAGGUGAAGAGGCAGAUUGGUUCCGGCACUCCCAUCGUCUACAAGUUCCCACCAAAAUUUAACCUAAAGGCGGGACAGACUGUCACAAUUUGGGCUGCUGGAGCUGGAGGAACCCACAACCCUCCUUCUGACCUGGUGUGGAAGACUCAAAACUCAUGGGGCAGUGGAGAUCUGUUCCAGACCACCCUUGUCAGCGCCAGUGGGGAGGAAAUGGCCAUGAGGAAGGUCACACGCACUCUAUUCCAGGAUGAGGAAGAUGAUGAGAUGGCCGCCCAUAGCACAUGCGGGGAUAGUGAGUACAAUCUCCGCAGCCGUACGGUGGUCUGUGGCUCAUGCGGGCAGCCGUCAGAUAGAAACAGCGGCUGCGUGACGGCCAGCUCUGGAGUGUCGAGUGCCUCUCGUUCGUUCUGCAGUGGAGGGGGCCUGCCCGAAGCUUUUGUGUCGCCCUCACACUUCAUUGUGAGCAAUGACAAACCCAGACAGGCUGGACCCAAACUUGACAACUGCUCCAUUAUGUAGACGAGCUGUAGACAGCACUGACCAUCUGUCCUUUAACACAAACCAGUAGGAAUUCAUCCCACAACUGGUUUCUUUUUGGAUCACAUGUCUUAUUAUUACAUUAUAUAUUUUGUACUUCAGUCUUUUUUUGUUUUGUAUUUCAUAAUCUGCGGGAUAGAUUUUUGGCAUUUGUAUGGCAUAAGGCUUCAUACGCUGGCAGCUUGUAGGCUAUAGUUUGCGAUUAUUAUUAUGUACAGUGUGUUACUCUAAUAUAUUUGCAUGGUGGCCUAGCAGCAGCUUCAGAUUCAGAAUAAUCGUACUGUACUCAGGGAGAGAGGCGAACAGAGCACUUCACACUCACAUCAUGAGCUCUCCAAGGGAAUGCUGUCAGAACGCAACACGCACAGUCAAUAAACCCUCUCAAUCAUGUGGCAAAACUCUCAUGAGGUGUACUGGACUAUAUCUGUACUACAGGCUGGUUCUUUAGCUCACAUUCAAGGACAAGUAAACAUACAGUGAGGUGUCAGUUCAUCUAAGACAGGAAACGAGGGAUCGUUUUUACUUUGUCCCAGAAGUUAUUUGUCGGUAUGUUUUAUGGUAUUUUCACGCUACCUCUCGCAGUCAGAUGGUCAAAAUUAUGUGCACCUAAAAAAGGGAAAGGGCAGUCAGAAAUUCUAUGCAGUUUUGUUACAGUGAGACUCCAGGAUAUAAAAUACAGAUGCUCUGGAUGUAAAACUGCUUUGUACCUUGAUACAAUUGAAUAGGUACUUUGUGUCUUUUGGCAUUGCGUUUACAGGCUCUGACUAGACUGCAGUAUGUUGUGUCUUGUGUAAUAAGUAUUAUAGGAUGUUUCUGAAAGACUUGAAGCAACUGUAAAACUAAUCCAAAGUAAAUCUCCUUAGCAGUUUGCAUUUGCCAAGACGUUGUCAACAUUUUAAACAAAAGCUGAUUGAAUGUUUUAGAAGGAAAACUUUUGAAGUUUACUUGCAGAGAAAGACAUCUGGUGUAUAAUGUUACCAGAGAAUGAUGUCGUGUUUAAAGUACCGAGUACUAAAUGACUGCAGCAUUUAAACAGACAGCAUUUAAAGAGAUGUAUUUUUGUUUUCAGCCUUAGAGGCAGAAUAUCAUGCAAAAUGACCACCGUCAUUCCUAGCUUUAAUGUCCUUUUUUUUUUACUUUGGUAUUUGAAAUGUUUGAGUUUUAUUGAAACCUCGAAUUUACAUGUACACUAAAACAUUUGUAUUUCUCUAUGGAACUGAGUGUUGAUUUGCUCUUGUCACUCUUCUCUUGCAGUAGAUGAUCCAGUUCCUCACCUGGGCAGCUGUAAGGCUCCGGUAAUCUGAGCAGUUCUUUCCUUCACUGCGCAGAUAUCCAGUCCGUUUAGAGCAAUCUGAGAAUAAGCUGAAACAAAAAUUGGUUUCAAAAAGCUGGAAUAGCUUUCGUAGGAAAUUAGAAACAUAACCGAGCCCACUCACAGCUCUCCAGAAAGAGGACUGGAAAAUGCUGGCAUUAAACUUUUAUUUUAUUGCUUAGCAAAGCUUUGGGUUUCUAAACAAAAGUUUCUGGGAUAGUAUAUCUAUUUUUUCUAUAUAUAUAUACUUAAAAAAUGUGGUUUUCUAUUGCUUAAACAUGCAUUGGCGUUAUUGUAAUAUGCCAUAUCUUUUUUUUUUUGUUUUUUUAAACUGAUAAUGGAUUUCAGUUGUUUGUAAUGGCAUAUGCUUAUGCAAAGAAACACUUAUUCAUAUCCAAUUCUAGAGUUUUCUGUUAGUAUACAUUUGUAUCAUCAAACAAAAAGAUAAAAAAAAUCUUUAUUUUCUUUAUUUUGAAUUUUUUGUUUUUAGUUGGCUAAUUUCAUGAAGGUUUUGUUUAAAAAAAAAAAGUUCAAACAGACUGCAGGGCAAUGCAGGGAAUGUUUUGUUGAAAUUUUUUUUUUCUUUAUAAAUAUCAUUUACUGUUUUGUGAGGAAUUUCAUAAUUGUUGUAAUACCCGAGAGCCUUGUUAUAAGCUGUGCCUUUUUUCAGUUAAACAAAUAAAACCAUUCUAUAGCCA